AUGUCUGAUCGCGCCUCGGCAUCUUUCCGACUUGAGCCUCCAUCACCAUCGUCUCCCGCCGCCGGGUCUCUCAAGGAGAACCAGCCCUCGAUCAUUCCCUCCGAGCCAACUCCCCAGACUCCGACAUCCCCUCCGUUGAUGUCGGUAGGCGCUCAGAACUAUGCCUCCAAUUUCGCAUCCUCGCAAGCAUCACCUAGCCAGGCAACGUCUCAACCUACGAACCUCUCCUCACCUCCUUCCUCUGCUCCGAUGUCCACUCAGGCCUCACAACAGCCCACAGUAGGUGCGACCAAUUCAUUCCCCACGCCCGCGAGCAGCGUCAGUGGCCACUUCACCGGCGCCACCUCGGUCGACGAUCCCGAUCACGCAGACAAGUCCGGGGUUUCUUCAACCUCCACUCGGCAACCAGAACAUAGACGCACUGAUCAUGAUCGGAAUCCGGGCGAUGCAAUGACGGACCUAGGGAUGCGCGAUCCUACCAGCAUGGGCGAUUCAAACCUAUCGAGUCAUGGCGACAGCGCUAUGGACAUUGACCCACAACCGGCCGCCCCGUCCAACCCGGAUAUAUUCAGCUUAGAAUCGUUGCAGAAGGAAUUCACUUCGGCCUAUCAUCUUUGCAAAAGCUCCCAUGUCGCGACUGGUCCAGACCCAUCACUAGAUCUGGUUUCUUUGUACGGGCUAGGUCCGGUUGCGAAAUCGGUGGCAAGGAUGGAUCCGGUAACAGGCGAAAAGAUUAACAGACUCAGGAAAUCCUAUGAAGGAAAGCUCAAGGGGCUCGGUCUGGCCGGACGGAACAAAGCGGUGAAACACGAACCUGCCGGGGCGCCCGGCACACUGCGACAUCUAACGAUGUGGCCGGAGGAGGAAUGGCAAAACCAGAAGGUAUACGGGAAGGAAAUCAAAAUGGCGGAUAUGGAUUCAGCGCUGCAGAAACUGCACAUGAAGGCGAUGCACAUGGAGCCCGGGCCGAUCCCGAACAAUGAUCACUGGGAGGAUCUGUUAGGACAUGAGAAACCAUCGAAACAUGCCGGCAGUGGGGAGAGCAGCAAGAAGGCGGGCGCACUUCCGAACAAUGCUCGAGCUCCUACUCAACCCAACGGCACGCCUACUGCCACGACGGCCUCUGACGCGGACCGGGCCCGACCCAGCCGAGGUCGCAAGAGGCAUUACGGAGAGAACAGCUACGUUGGAUACGGCGAAGGCUAUGCGGAUGACGAUGACGACGGUGCCUUUUAUUCCAACAGCGAGGGUAUGGGCAAGAAAAAGCGGAAGAAGGUAGGACACUCACCGGAGUUCUGA